CAGCGGUGGUUUUCAUCUACAGGUCGUUAAGGCAGCAGUUGGUCUCCAGCUGAAUUAGUGGCUGAUGUUUCCAGCAGAGUGACGUCAUGGCGACUGCAGCAUCAGAAACGAAAGUGAAACUAGGCUGAAGCUCAACGACGCUCCGCCGCCUGUUUGUGUCAGUCAGUCGGUGUGUGUGAGUGAGUGUGUGUGAACCGGACAGCAGCAUGGAUGAACCCGAGUGUCCGCCGGUGACCGUGGAGGGGGACUGGAGUCCGGCUCAGACCAAAAGCAUGAAGAACAAACUGCAGCUGUACUUCCAGAGCAAGAAGAAGUCCAGCGGAGGAGACUGUCGGGUGGAGGCGGAGGACGGAGCUCCGAGGGCCGCCGUGUACUUCAGAUCAGAGGACGUGAGAGAACGAGUCCUCGCCAGGAAGAACCAUGAGAUCAUUCUGGAGAAUCGAACAGUGACGUUACGUCUGAUUUCUGCAGCUAGUCCGACGAGCAGUGACGACACCUCAGGAGAUCCAGCGACAGAUUCAAAGACUCAGGCGUCAGGCGUUGAACCCGCAGACGGAGCUCCUGCAGAGAACAAAGAGGAGUCAGCGUCCGCUCAGAGCGUCUCUGUGGUGUUGGACAAUGUGUCCGACAACAUGUCCAGAGAUCUGCUGUGCAUGCUGGUGGAAAAUGUCUCGGGUUUGGACGAGAGCGGCUACAAUCUGGAGAUCAUCUGGGAGACCAACAGAGCCGUGGUCACCUUUAACAAACCUGCAGAUGUGGAGAGGUUCCUGGUCUCCAGCCAGAAGCUGCAGAGACAUGGACUGACCGCUCGGCCGCUGGAGGCAGCAGAGAGCGUCCGAGUGGAGAGUCUUCCUCCGACUGUAGUUAAAGACAUGUUGGAGUUGUAUUUUGAGAAGAACUGGACCCUGCCAGAAAGUAUCAUCAUGAUCCCGAGCGAACAGGCUGCCAUCGCGACUUUCAGUGACCCCAAAGUUGUGGAAAGUAUUUGCAUAAAACAAGACUAUGUGAUGCGGACCAUUCCUGUCAAGAUGUAUCCGUACCAUGAGUCCCUGGGCUCCGCCCUGUACGGCAAAGAGCGACCAACAUGGAAGAUGCCCGAGCCCUUCACAGAGAGCGUUCACCACGUUGUCUGGAAAUUCCUCCUGAUGAAGAAGCUGUUAAAAAGCAUCAACGAUCAGAUGAGUCCGUUCUUCUGCAGCGUGGACUUGGAUAACCCAGAGGUGAAACUCAGCCCUCUCCCGAGCUUUUUGAGGCAGAAAGGUCUGACUGCCAAACACGUCGAUAAUUGGAUGAGUACCGCCCAAAAGGCCUUCCGUGAGCAAAUGUCCCAGUACACGGCCUUUGAAUGUCCAGCAAACGCACAUGCAUGGAAAGUUGCAGAAAAAGACGUCCGUUCUGUUAUCAGGGAAAACGCCAUCCCCGUUCUGGAUGCAUCCAGGGGGAUUUUGACCUUGGCUGGUGGAGCUGACGAUAUAAAACAAAUCAAAGCCCCUGUGGAGAACAUUGUUCUUAAAGCCAUGGAUCAGAUUAAACGACAGACAGACAGUGUCUCUGAGAUAAUGAAUAUGUCCCCGGUGAUGUUCUACAUCCUGCAGCAGGAGGGCUUCCAGAAAGCUGCCCAGGACAUUUCUCCUGACAUGAAACUCUCCUUUGAUGAAGGAACCCAGAAAUUAACCAUUACAGGACUCCCUGCAGAGGUUUUCCUGACCAAGGCAUGGAUCUUGGAGAAGAAUGUGGGUAUGAGUAAAAAGCAGCUGAAUGUCCCCCAACAUCUUCUAGACUUUCUGAAGACAGUGGAUCCCAUGGUGAUGUCACAGUGCCUGUUCACAUCCCAAGGCACCAGUGCCAUCUACAGCAUUGAGAGCAAAGGGCUCCUCCUGUUGGGGAGUUCUGAAAGUGUUCUUGCUGCUGCUGAGAGUAAGAUGAAGACCGUUUUAGCUGUGCAGACUCUGGAUGUAGAAGACCAGGAAGUUCUGAAACUUCACAAGUGGGUGAACCUGAAACAACAGCUGUUGGACGCCUACAACUCUGCGAAUAAGAGAACAGUGGCCAUUCAGAUCCACCCAGAGAGAAGAGACAAAGUAAUGGUGGCCGGCUUCCAGGAUCCAGUGAAAGAGGUUACCCGCAGUCUGAAGGAAUUCAUCGAGAACUACUCACGAGUUCAAGAAACCAUUCGUGUCGAGUCCUGUGCUGUUGUUCAGUUCAUUGUCAAGAAGAAAUCAGAAGAUUGGGUCAGUAUUGCCAAAGCUAAUGAUGUGGAAAUCCGUUUUGACUCAGAGAAGCCAAAAAUCAUCCUGGCUGGGGCUCGUCUCCAUGUCCAGAAAGCCAAAUUCUGCUUUCAGGAGCUGACUGGUGCUCUGUUCACUGACACCUUCAUCGUGGACAAGCCUGGAACUAAGAAGUACUUUCAGACUCAAGGAAGCCUGUUCCUGUCUACAAUAAUGACAGACUUAAGCUGUGUGGUAUUGCUUCGUCCAGAAAUUCAAGAGGAAGAGGAGGGAGAAGACUACGAGGAAGAAAAUGGCCUUAGUUAUUGCAAAGUGAAGACCACAAGUGGAGUUCUGGUUUCCGUCAGCAAGGCAGACAUCUGUAGCUUCAAAGUGGAUGCAGUGGUCAACGCAGCUAACGAGGAGUUGAAGCACAUUGGUGGCCUGCCUUUGGCGUUGCUCAAGGCUGCAGGACCGGAGCUGCAGAAAAUCAGUGACAACCACGUUGCCAGGAAUGGAAAACUACGUCCAGGUGAUGCCAUCGUAACAGGUGCAUACAACCUGCCUUGCAAGCACGUUGUCCAUGCAGUUGGUCCACGGUUCUCUGACUUUGACAGGAAGACAUCAGUGUCACGUCUGAACCUCGCUGUUAAAAGAAGUCUGACACGAGCGGAGGAAGUGAACUGCUCAACCAUCGCGCUGCCAGCGAUCAGCUCAGGUGUGUUUGGUUUUCCUGUUGACCUCUGUGCUGAGACCAUUGCUCAGGCUGUGCGGGAGUUCUGCGACAGUCCAGGGGGUCCGAGAUCAUUGACAGAGAUUCACCUGGUGGACAACAAUGAUAAGACCGUGAGAGUCCUGGCCACAGCUGUCAACAAAGAGUUCAUGGACCUCGGACCUUCAAUGACACUACCACAGCCGACAGAAGGAAGAGACGCCGGGGCUUCAGGUGGGCAUCAAUGGGGUCGAGGUCAGAGCCAGUCGCCCAGGGGCCGUUGCUUUAGUGAAAGAGGAGGUGGAGGACGAGGACAAGGUCUGCAAGGUAACAGCGGAGGUCACAGCCUCAGGGGACACGCCCGGUCCGGAGGGCAUGGAGGGUCGGGGAGGUUGGAGCAGACCACAGCUGAGGGUCUGAAGAUUGUUCUCUUGAAGGGAAACAUCCAGGACCAGACUUGUUUCAGCAGGGCGUUCAGAGGUCAGACUCUUCAGAGAAACAUCCAACAUGAAGCUCAGCUAUUCAACGAGUCACCAGUUAGACAUUCACCUCGCCACUCCGCCUCUCUGCCACAGCAGUCCUCAGCCUCCUUCAGUCAGGUGUCGUCCCCCUCCCUCGGUAUGUAUCAGAUGAAGAUGGGUCAGCUCACCCUCGAGGUGUCAUCUGGAGACAUCACCAAAGAGGCCUGUGAUGUCAUAAUCAACUCCUCCAAUCAGGACUUUACCCUUAAAUCAGGAGUGUCAAAGGCGAUCUUAGACAGUGCUGGGUUAACAGUUCAGCUGGAGUGCUCACAGAUAGUGAGUUCUCCGAAUUACCAGCCUAGCCAGUUCAUCAUGACGUCAGGCGGCCUGCUGCCCAGCAGACACAUCAUCCACGUUGUUGGCCAGAACGAUCCUGCAAAGAUUAAGGACAUCGUUUACUCUUUGUUGAAGUAUUGUGAAGAGAACAAGUUUAAAUCGGUCUCCUUCCCAGCGCUUGGAACAGGUCAGGGAGGAGCCAACCCGUCAGCGGUGGCGGAUGCCAUGGUGGAUGCGGUGGUGGACUUUGUGAGGAAGAAGCACCCGAGGUUUGUUCACAGCGUGAAGAUCCUGAUCUUCCAGACGGUCAUGAUGACGGAGUUUCACAAGAGCAUGAAGAAGAGAGAGGGAGAGGAGGUGGCGGAGACGAGCAUCUUGACAAAGUUCAAAGACAGCGUCACUUCUUUCUUCAUGGGACUUGGGGAGGAGCGUCCCAGUGCCGACCCUCUGGUUCUGGAGGGAGAGGAGUUUGAGCCCACAGUGUUUCAGCUGUGUGCCGACAACAAAAAGGCUGUGACUCAGGCCAAGAGAAGGAUUGAGGAGCUGAUUGUGGCCGAGCAGGCGGAGAGAACCAUCAAAGACCAGUACAUCAGUAAGCUGUCACAGGCCGACAUGGACCAGCUGAAGGCCCUGCAGAGGAAACUGACGGUGAGCAUCCGUCUGGACCGAGGGCUGGAGGACCAGGGGCCCAACAUCCACCUGGAGGGUCUGACCAGAGACGUCUACACCGCUGAGUCCGAAGUCAGGGACAUCAUUCGGAAGGUGGAGAGGUCGGAGAACUUAAAGAGCAAGGCGUUGCUGCUGAGCGGACUGGUAGAAUGGCAGUUUGAGAGCCGCAGCGGGGUGAUGGUGCCCUUCGACAUUUACACCAACCUCACCCUGGAGGAGGCUCUGGAGAAGAAGGAAGAACGUGUGAAGAUCAAGAUCAACAAUGAGGCAUACCACGCUAAAGUAACACUUAGAAAAGCAGUGUCAGCGAACGGGCGUAAAGAGGUGGAGCUGCUGAGGAAAGAGGUUAAAGAUGACGCCGCUCUGCCGUCACACUGGGAUGACAUGAAAGGCAACCUCCUCAAACUGUUCCCUCUGACUGCGGGAUCUAAGGAAUAUAACGAUGUGGAGACAGAGCUGAAAAAGACCGGUCUCUCUGCAAACAUCAUCAGCAUUGAACGGGUCCAAAAUACGACACUGUGGCAGAGCUACCAGCUGAUGAAGAAACAAUUGGAGGUGAAGAACAAACAUACCAACAAUGAAAGGAAGCUGUUCCACGGCACCAGAGCCAACUCCAUCGAUCUCAUCAACAAACAAGGCUUCAACCGCAGCUACGCAGGAGCACAUGGUGCGAUGAUAGGCAAUGGCUCUUACUUUGCUGUGAACCCGGUCUACUCGGCACAAGGGUACGCCAAACCUGACGCCAGAGGCCACAAGCGCAUGUACCUGGCCAGGGUCCUGGUUGGAGACUUCACCAAUGGACGAAGCGGCUUGAUCUCUCCACCCUCCAAAAACUCUGGGAAUGCUGCAGACCUGUAUGACAGUGUUGCAGAUAACAGUUCCAAUCCAACCAUGUUUGUGGUCUUCAAUGACAUCCAGGCAUACCCAGAGUACCUGAUCACAUUUACAUGAUUGAUGCUACGAUCACAUUGUGUAACUGCUUCUAUUAACCUCGUUCUGUUGUUGUUAAAAUUCAGUCUGCAAAAACAAUUUCAAUUAAUUAUAUGACAUUAACUAACACUGCAUAUUUCCUAGAGGCGUGUUUCCAUUUUCUUGACUUGAACAGUCGCCGCAUGAUUAAAUAAAAAGAAAGCACUGUUUUUGAGUAUAAGAUUAAAGUUAGCUAGAAAAUGAAAAAAAAAAGAUUAAAGCAUGAUUAUUAUAUUUUAAAGGUGUCAUUUUCCUUCAUCUGACAUUCGUCACUUUGUAUCCUUUGUUAUGGGAUGUAAUCUAAAAACUGUUUAUUAAAGAAACAUUGCAACACUUUCAGAAA